UAAAAUAAGGGAAGGUGUACCGGGAGAGCCCCAAGUUGUUACUGGAAAAGUGCUCAUACAAUCCGUCUCUCUCAAAUUCCAAUUCCCCCUUGUUUGUUCUAGGUCUGAGAAGAAGAAAAUUGCAAUGUCUUUCAUUGAAGAUUUUCAAAAUAGUUUAGAAUCGUUACCAAUUGUGCUACAGAAGAAAUAUGGAUUGAUGCGGGACUUGGAUAGAAGCUUACACGAAAGUCAGCGCCAAAAUGAGCAGCGCUGUGAACAAGAAAUAGAGGACAUGGAGCGACGUGUCAAGUCUGGUAACAUCACGCCAGAUACUCCACUCAUCAAAUUCUCAGAUGAAGCCCUUGAAGAGCAAAAGCAUUGCAUUGGAAUCGCUGAUGAGAAGGUUGCCCUGGCUCUUCAGGCUUAUGAUGUGGUGGAUGAGCAUAUUCAACAACUUGAUCAAUAUCUGAGAAAAUUUGAUGAAGGGCAAAGACGAGGUACUCUGUGGCUUUUGACCGAGAGAGAUGUUGCAGAUGCUUCUCGAACAGCUGUCGUGAACCCUGAUACUAGUGUGAAUUCUGGCGAUGCAGGUACUGGUAAAGGAAGACGUAAGAAAACUCGCUCAGCAGCCGCUGCGGCAGCAGCAGCAGAAGUAGUAGUACCAGCAGAUACACCAAGCAUGGAUCUAGAUUUGCCAGUGGAUCCAAAUGAACCCACGUACUGUUUUUGCAACCAAGUUAGUUUCGGGGAGAUGGUUGCAUGUGACAACCCAGAUUGCAAGAUAGAAUGGUUUCACUUCGGCUGUGUUGGCUUGAGAGAACACCCCAGAGGGAAGUGGUAUUGCUCGGAUUGUGCUGGCUUGCAAAAGCGUCGGAAAGGCAAAUGAUUGUAGAAAACACCAUUCUGAUCAGAAAAAGUUCCGCUCUUCCAACUCCUCCUGUUCCUCGAGAUACAUGAUUUGCAACCAUUCCCAUUGCCAUCAUCUUCGUUCAACUCUUUGCGUGCCUGUGUAGAAAGAGACCUGAAUUCCUGUCAGCUGCAAUGUACAAAUUUGGUAAAUAAUGGUGUAAUGAGGUUAGGUUACUCCUUCAUCCCUGAAAUGAGUUUAGCUAUCCAUGACCAGCCUUACAAAAGAACAGAAAAAAUGCCCAGAAAGCUAUUAAAGAGGGCCAAAAAUUGUCUUUUAAUUUCUUUUUUUUUUUUUUUUCUGAACUUACUGGGUUUCACGGGGGCUGUGGGCUAAACCUCUUCGGCCAACGUGCCUGAAGUCUGGGCCAAUUAGUCCUUAACGUUAUAUGUCACUUCCCCAUUUCCCCAUGGUCUAAUACUAAUGCAAGUUAUAAUGCAAGUGGAGGGAAUUCCAAGUUAGCACAGUAUAAAUAAAUAAAUAAACAUGGCAAAGUGUAUUCCUGCA